AUGCUAGUGUUGAUCUUCUUAGCUGCACUGUUCUCAGUGCAGCAUUCUUCAGCUGAGACCAAGGUAAGAAACUUCUAACUCUAUAUUUCACAACCUGCAUAAAUGUAUAUGCUACCACAACAUUAUAGCAUGGAAUUCCUUUAUGGUCUACUGUGCAUAAUCCUCGAAGGAUAGCUCUUCAGAACUGAAGGCCCUUAUCUACACGUAGUUAAGUUAUCAACUCUCGCGAAAAUUAUCAAGAUAUUACGUAAAACAAUGAAACUAUCAUAGUUGCUAUUAGUUGCAGACUUGAUGGGUUUAGUUUUAGGUACGAAAAUUACCUUUCUUCGUCGCACUUUUCAGUAUACACACCCGACCCAACAAUGAGUUAGAAACAUGUUACAUUAAACGGUAAAUAUUUCUGUUGUUCACUAUAAUAUUUCUCACAAAAUCGCGAAAUUUAAAACUCCCGAAACAGCCUUUCAAUUUUCGUUUAUAAAGUUAGUGGGGACUGAGAAAUACCCGUUUCUCUUACAAUCGAAGGCCAAGACCUUCACAUGAUCACACUGAAAUAGCCCACGCAACACGUAAAAUAUAUCCAAUUACCCUGACACACGCUUACACCUUAACUGAAUCUUAAGGGGGGGGGGGGAGGGGGUACUUCCAGAAAAAUUUAGUGCGGGUGUGCGGCACGCUUUCUGAAACCCUUUUAUUUUCCCUACCCUAUUUCAGACCUGACGCGUGACCGGAGCGCGCGACAAAAUGUUACGGCACGUACACGGUUGACGUAAACAUUAAAAGGGAAAUGGUCUUAUCGCCUAAUGAGGAAGAAGUAGCUUCUUCUAAAAAACACACCCAAUUCAAGACUAGCAUGCACAAACCAUACCCUAUUUCAGACCAAAAUGGUCGACAUUGAUACCCUUAGUUUCAGACCAAAACGGCUAAAAAAACAUACCCUUUGGCGCCGCACGUAUAUAGCCUAUAUAAGGGAGUACCCCCAACAUAAGGGCGCCACAAAUCACAAAUCAUUUCUCUGUCAAGCAUAUUUAGUCCAGCUGAAACUUGCCGACGCAAAAUUUCCGAUGCGAGGAGGACAGUUUUAAUACAAGUAAAGAAAUUUUUAACAACAGAAUUGUUCAACGCAGUUAAUGAAGCCUAACACCCAUAAGUCAACAACGCGUAACGCGUACAUUGUAAUUACAAUUUCCACUAAAACUUAUACUUUUUGUUCCAGGAAAAAAUUCCUUACUACCAGCUGUUUACACCCAUGAAGUUAGUGAAUGCAGCAAGCUUUAUCUACCAUCAACAUACCGUGACUGCCACUAAACUGACCUUCCUGAGCGCACCAGUUUUUGUUCCAGGAAAAAAUUCCUUACUACCAGCUGUUUACACCCAUGAAGUUAGUGAAUGCAGCAAGCUUUAUCUACCAUCAACAUACCGUGACUGCCACUAAACUGACCUUCCUGAGCGCACCAGUGAAUUACGCUCGCCUCAUACAAGUGCCACUCAUUCCAGCAGAAACGCUAAACGCCGAUGCAAACCUUGUUAUAAAAAUGGUCAUCGGGACUGACAUUAAUAUCGGUCAGGGAGAAAGCGAUCCCUCGUACGUGAUUUCCGACGGUCAGUUUUUUGUUGGUGUUCAUAUUCGCGACAAAAACAAUUACAAAAAUGCGUCUCCUUGUGAUCCACUUGAGGGAAGCAGCGGCAACACAAUGGGUAGCGAUCGUCGUUAUGGCUCGCCUUUGCCGAAGCCUGCCGAGUUUUACUACCCGGGAAGGGUCGAGACCAAGCUAGGUCUGUCUGACCGGUGGGGAACCUGUUUUACUUCCCACGAUGGCGGCUUCAGCAGUGAAAUGAUUUUCCAACACAAGCUGAAUGCUCAAAAAGGCCUAUUUCUGGAAAUAUACGCUGAUGCCAGCAACGAAAAAGUGGGCAUCAAGUACAUUGAAGUGAGCAUUGUGCGGGAAAGCUGA